GGUCGGACCGUGCGGAGCGCCGCAGUGGGGCUGGCAGCCCGCGGCCACCGACCGGCCACCGACCCGCCCCGGACGCAGCGCCGGCCGCGCCACUGCCCCGCCGCGCCCCCACCCGAGUUUGUGGACAAGGCCAGGAUAGCUGGGAGGCAGAGGCCAGAACAGCCAGUCUGAGGGGCUGUGCCUGGGGAACACACACAGUCCAGGACAAGGAGUUUGGCAAGAUGUCGGUGAAGGAGGGAGCCCAGCGCAAGUGGGCAGCGCUGAAGGAGAGGCUGGGGCCGCAGGACUCGGACCCCACAGAGGCCAACCUGGAGAGUGCCGACCCCGAGCUCUGCAUCCGGCUGCUGCAGAUGCCCUCCGUGGUCAACUACUCGGGCCUGCGCAAGCGGCUGGAGAGCAGCGAUGGCGGCUGGAUGGUGCAGUUCCUGGAGCAGAGCGGCCUGGACCUGCUGCUGGAGGCGCUGGCGCGGCUGUCGGGCCGCGGUGUGGCCCGCAUCGCGGACGCCCUGCUGCAGCUCACCUGCGUCAGCUGCGUGCGCGCCGUCAUGAACUCGCAGCAGGGCAUCGAGUACAUCCUCAGCAACCAGGGCUACGUGCGCCAGCUGUCCCAGGCCCUGGACACGUCCAAUGUGAUGGUCAAGAAGCAGGUGUUUGAGCUGCUGGCUGCCCUAUGCAUCUACUCACCCAAGGGCCAUGCACUGACCCUGGAUGCCCUGGACCACUACAAGACGGUGUGCAGCCAGCAGUACCGCUUCAGUGUCAUCAUGAAAGAGCUCUCUGACAGUGACAACGUACCCUACGUGGCCACCCUGCUCAGUGUGAUCAACGCUGUCAUCCUUGGUCCCGAGGACCUCCGCACCCGAACCCAGCUGAGGAGCGAGUUCAUCGGGCUGCAGCUGCUGGACAUUCUGACCCGACUGCGAGACCUGGAGGACGCUGACUUGCUGAUCCAGCUGGAGGCCUUCGAGGAGGCCAAGGCAGAGGAUGAGGAGGAGCUACAACGUGUGUGUGAUGGCCUCAACAUGAACAGCCACCAAGAGGUCUUUGCGUCCCUGUUCCACAAGGUGAGCUGCUCCCCAGCGUCGGCCCAGCUGCUGUCCGUGCUGCAGGGCCUGCUGCACCUGGAGCCCGCCAGCCGCUCUGGACAGCUGCUCUGGGAGGCCCUGGAGAGCCUGGUGAACCGGGCCGUGCUCCUGGCCAGCGAUGCCCAGGAAUGCACCCUGGAGGAGGUGGCCGAGCGGCUGCUGUUCAGCAGAGGGAGGCCCCGACCCACCUCUUUGGACAAGGCCCACAAGAGCGUCCAGGCCAACCUAGGCCAAAGUCCAAGGGACAGGUCCCCCCAGAGCACUACUGCUCCCCUGGCCGGCAUGGGGAGCCAGCAGCAGGCAGGAGCUCCUGCCUGCCCGCACACAGUCAGCAUGCAGAGCCCCGAGCAGCUAGCAGCCCCCCCACUCCCACCUGCACCCCCCCUCCCCAGCUCCAGCCCUGGGCCCCCGCCACCCCCACCCUCCCUGCCAGGCCUGGAGGCUGUGUCACCCCCAGCACCCCCUCCACUCCCACCUCCCUUGCCAGUCCUGGGGGCCACGUCUCCCCCAGUACUGCCCCCACCCCCACCUCCCUUGCCAGGCCUGGGGACCACUUCCCCUCCAAUACCCCCUCCACCCCCGCCUCCCUUGCCAGGACCGAGGCCCUCAUAUCCCCCAGCACCCCCUCUGCCACCUCCCCUGCCUAGCUCCAUGCCCCCACCCCCUCCUCCACUCCCUCCACCACCACCGGGAGUGGGCUGGGGCCCUCCUCCACCUCCAACCCUGCCUGCGGGCGGCGUGGAAGAGCUCAUUGUGGCCCACGUGGACCACAGCCUGGGCUCCACCUGGGUCCCCAGCCACCGCAGGGUCAACCCACCCACGCUGCGCAUGAAGAAACUGAACUGGCAGAAACUGCCAUCCAACGUGGCCAGAGAACGCAACUCCAUGUGGGCGACGCUCAGCAGCCCUGGCACGGAGGUGGUGGAGCCCGACUUCUCCAGCAUUGAGCGGCUCUUCUCCUUCCCCACGGCCAAGCCCAAGGAGCCCAUGGCCGCCCCAGCCAGGAAGGAGCCCAAGGAGGUCACUUUCCUUGACUCCAAGAAGAGCCUGAACCUCAACAUCUUCCUGAAGCAGUUUAAAUGCUCCAAUGAGGAGGUCACCGCCAUGAUCCGGGCUGGGGACACAGCCAAGUUUGAUGUGGAGGUUCUCAAACAACUCCUGAAACUACUUCCAGAGAAGCAUGAGGUUGAGAACCUGAGGACAUUCACAGAGGAGCGAGCCAAGCUGGCCAACGCUGACCAGUUCUACGUCCUCCUGCUGGAUAUUCCCUGCUACCAGCUGCGGGUGGAGUGCAUGCUGCUGUGCGAGGGCACGGCCAUUGUGCUGGACAUGGCGCGACCCAAGGCCCAGCUGGUGCUCGCCGCCUGUGAGAGCCUGCUCACCAGCCACCGGCUGCCCGUCUUCUGCCAGCUGAUCCUGAAAAUCGGGAACUUCCUCAACUAUGGCAGCCACACCGGGGACGCUGACGGCUUCAAGAUGAGCACCUUGCUGAAGCUCACAGAGACCAAGUCCCAGCAGAACCGCGUGACACUGCUGCACCAUGUGCUGCAGGAAGUGGAGCAGAGCCACCCAGACCUCCUGCAGCUGCCCCAGGACCUAGAGCAGCCCUCCCAGGCAGCAGGGAUCAACCUGGAGGUCAUCCGCUCCGAAGCUAGCACCAACCUGAAGAAGCUUCUGGAGACGGAGCGGAAGGUGUCCACCUCCGUCGCUGAGGUGCAGGAGCAGUAUACCCAGCGCCUCCAGGCCAGCAUCACAGCCUCUCGGGAUUUGGACGAGGUGUUUGAGGCCAUCGAGCAGAAGAAGCUGGAGCUGGCCGACUACCUGUGUGAAGACCCCCAGCAGCUCUCCCUGGAGGACACCUUCAGCACCAUGAAGACCUUCCGGGACCUCUUCAUCCGGGCCCUGAAGGAGAACAAGGACAGGAAGGAGCAACUGGCCAAGGCGGAGAGGAGGAAGCAGCAGCUGGCAGAGGAGGAGGCACGGAGGCCGCGGGGCGAGGAUGGGAAACCUGUCAGGAAGGGGCCUGGGAGGCAGGAGGAGGUGUGUGUGAUCGAUGCCUUGCUGGCCGACAUCAGGAAGGGCUUCCAGCUGCGGAAGACGGCCCGAGGUCGAGGGGACGGCGAGGCGGGCAGCAAGGCAGCCUCAGCAGAACCGCGGGCCACGGUGCCAGCAGCUGCCAGUGACCCUGCACAAACCCCUGGCGGGGAGGCCAGCUGCCCUGCCUCUGAGCUGGGCCCUGUUGCUGCCACAGCCGGGAAGCUGCAGGGCUGGGACCUUGCGGAUGCCGUGACCCCCAGCCCACAGCCCACUGGGGAGGAGGGCAGUCCACGGCCCGUGGAGAGGCGUUCCUCCUGGUACGUGGACGCCAGCGACUUCCCAGCCCCGGAGGACACCCCGAAUCCCCAGCCUCCUGAGGGGGUCUGGCCAGUGACUCUGGGAGAUGCCCGGGCCCUAAAGCCCCUCCAGUUCUCUGGCGAUAAGCCCCCUGGGGCCAGGAGCUCACAGCCGGACACCGAGGAGCCGGGAGGCAUGCAAGGUGGCCACCAGGUCAAGGAGCACGGCACAAGCCAGGAACUGGAGGACGCAGCUGUCCGAGGCCGCAGCGCUGGCCUCCCUGCCACAGGCCCCAGUGGGGACGAGGAUGAGGAGGACACAGCCCCCGAGUCUGCCCUGGACACAUCCCUGGACAAGUCCUUCUCCGAGGACGUGGUGACGGACUCCUCGGGGUCUGGCACUCCCAGGGCCCGAGGCCGGGCCUCAAAGGGGACAAGCAAGCGAAGGAAGAAGCGUCCUGCAAGGAGCCAGGAAGAAGUUGCCCCUGGUUCUGACGCUAAUGUAACAAAAAGACUGUGUGCCAUCCAGUGAGGCCUGAGGCCCAAGCCCAAAGCCAAGUGAGAGAGCCCUGGCCAGCCUGGGCACCGCAGUGGGCGGCUGGAUGUGCUGUGAGUGAAGCUUUCCAGGACCAGGCUGGGACUGGGCCCCUGAGAAACCAAAACUCCGUGCCUUACCCAGCCAGGGCCUCCCGAAGCCUUCCUGGCCGUCGGCUGGAACCCAGCAGGCGCCAGUGCCCUGGGCCAGGCACCCUUGACCACCUGCACGCACUGCCGGGCGACCCGCUGUUCCAGACAACCCCAGCCCUGCCCCUGCAUGUGCCGCGGGCGGCCUCCUCCCGUCUGGGCCCACAUCCGCCGCGGCCCAGCACCCGGCCCUGCCUCCCACAGCUCAGCGGCUUUUUAAUUGGAAUGCUGUCCUGAGUCCUCAUUGUUCUGAGGAGGUUGACUUGGGACAGCAAGGGGAUUCUAGGCCCUCCCAGGCCAAGGGCCCCUCUGUCUGGCCCCUGGAGGUAGGGAGGGGUCUGCCUAUGGACACAGCCAGGCCUGCCAACACUGUGCUGGACUGGCCCCAAGGAAUGAGAAGGGCCCACCUAAGCAGCCACAUGGUGGCUUAGCAGCCGCUGGGAGUCUCCUUGGUGUCCACCCUGUGAGGGGCAGCCUGGCCAUGCCUCCUCCUGCCCCCAGGUUUGUGCUGAGGAGGCUGGAGGCCAGCGGGGACUUCAACCAAUAAAAAGCAAGCCUGGUCAGCUGUGACCAUGUGUUCAGAGCCAUGGGA